UGGGUCAGCCACAGUCGAGUAUCGUGCUCCGAGUGACACGGGUUCAACGGCUGAAAAUUAUCGUAACGAAUUAGCGAUCCAUCAUGUCGCCUACCGUAGUGCCGAAAGUGAAGUUCAACAACGGAAAGGAAAUCCCGGUCUUCGGUCUGGGGACGUGGAAGUCAAAGCCCGGCGAAGUUACUCAGGCGGUGAAGGACGCGAUCGACAUCGGCUACCGGCACAUCGAUUGCGCCCACGUAUACGGAAACGAGAAGGAAGUCGGUGCGGCGCUGAAGGCGAAAUUCGCCGAAGGAGUGGUGAAACGGGAGGACCUCUUCAUAACCAGCAAACUUUGGAACACGUUCCACAGACCGGACCUCGUCGAGCCAGCCCUGAAAACCACCCUCAGUGACCUUGGCCUUGAGUACAUUGACCUCUACUUGAUCCACUGGCCGUUUGGCUACAAAGAAGACCCGACGACCCUCUUUCCCUCAAAUCCCGAUGGCACCGUGGCGUACAGCGACGUCGACUACCUCGACACCUGGAAGGCGAUGGAAGCCGUGAACAAGAAGGGACUCGCCAAGAGCAUCGGAGUGAGCAACUUCAACUCUGAACAACUCGAGAGAGUCGUGAAGAACGCUGAAAUCCUACCGGUGACGAAUCAGGUCGAAUGCCAUCCGUACCUGCCUCAGUUGAAACUGUCCGAAUUCUGCAAAAGCAAGAACAUCAUAUUGACGGGUUACAGUCCUCUCGGCUCUCCGGACAGACCUUGGGCCAAACCCGGCGACCCUCAACUUCUCGAAGACGCCAAGCUUAAAGAGCUUGCCGUUAAGUACAAGAAGACUCCCGCCCAAGUCGUCAUCCGCUACCAGAUCGAUCGUGGACACGUAGUCAUUCCGAAGUCCGUGACUAAAUCUCGCAUCGCCGAAAACUUUAACGUUUUCGACUUCAAACUGGCACCUGAAGACAUCGAGUACAUCAACAGUUUCGACUGCAACGGCAGAAUUUGUCCCUUAGACAACGUGAAGACCCACAAAUACUGGCCAUUCCAGAUUCCGUACUAAUUAAGGACAGGAAGAAUUAACCCUUACGCAUAGUUAGUCUUUACGUCAUAUCUAUUUCGAAUAUAUUUUUGUUUCUUUGUAUUACCGGGUGUAAAUUCAAAGAGUACAUCCACCGUUUAUUAAAUAAAAUUACCAUAAAUUCU